AUGUCUUUAAAAAUGUCAUCUUGCUUUUUAUUGCUGGCUCUCUCUGUGGCCAUCUGCAAUGCACAGCGGGAGUACAACCCGUAUCGAAACACUCCCUACUAUAGGGAUUUAUACUUUAGGAACCGCGACCUGUACAAUCAGCGACGCUACUACGACAACUUCUAUAAGAAAUACAAUCCGAACAUUGCCAAUGCUCUAGCACGCACAAUCGAGCAGUCAAAUGUGCCCAACUAUGGCAAGGGCUCCUAUAGCUACAGCUAUGAGACUGAGAACGGGAUUCACGGGAAAGAGCGCGGUGCGCCCGUCUACAUCGGCAAUGGGCGGCAACAGGAGCAACAGGUGUCUGGUGCCUAUUCGUAUAUAUCACCCGAAGGUAUUCGCGUCGGUGUCAGAUAUGUGGCUGAUGCCAACGGCUUUUGCCCAGUUAUUACCUAUGAUGGUCCAAAUGCUGCGAUUUAUGCAAACCAACAGCCGCCGGCUAAUGUGGUUUACACAAGGCAAUGA